GAAGGGGUUUUCAGUUUCACAAGCCCUAAGUUUCUAUGCCCGGCCUUGGGACCCCCGUCCAGGGCCGGGGCUGCGCUGGUGGGAGUUGGCCACAAGGAGAAACUUCUUGUCCCUUCAGGCUGCCCAUCCCGGUGCGGGUCCUCAGAGCUGGGAGGACUUCACCCGAGUUUGUGGAAUGAACGGCUGGUAGCUGGAGACCCCCGGGCGUGGCCUCCCGCCCUCUCCUCUCCAGCUCUUGGAGGGCGGGGCUGGGGGCCGUGCCACGUGACCCUCCAGCUGGCGCUGUAGACCGUGACCUUGGACUCUGCCGAGGGCGGGCGGGUGGCCGUGCGGACAUGAGGAGGAGGCUGCGCCUCCCCCGGGACGCGUCGCUCACACUGCUCCUCGGCGCCGCGCUCGGCCUCCUGCUCUACGCUCAGCGUGACGGCACGGCCCCCACGGCCGGGACAAGCGCCCCGCAGGCAAGAGGGAGGAUAACCCCGGGGCCCCGUGCCUUCCAGGUGCGGGACACAGAGGCAGUCCCUCCGGCUUACGAGGGGGACACGCCGGCACCACCCACGCCCACAGGACCUUUUGAUUUUGGCCGCUACUUGCGUGCCAAGGACCAGCGGCGCUUUCCGCUGCUCAUCAACCAGCCGCACAAGUGCCGGGGAGAGGGCGCUCCCGGGCGCCCACCCGACCUGCUCAUCGCCGUCAAGUCCGUGGCAGCUGACUUCGAGCGGCGCCAGGCCGUGCGCCAGACCUGGGGCUCGGAGGGCAGCGUGCGGGGGGCGCUCGUGCGCCGCGUGUUCUUGCUGGGCGUGCCCAGGGGCACCGAGGGGACCGGCACGCAGACGCACUGGCACGCCCUGCUCCGCGCCGAGAGCCGGGCGUUUGCGGACAUCCUGCUGUGGGCCUUUGACGACACGUUUUUCAAUCUAACGCUCAAGGAGAUCCACUUUCUGUCUUGGGCCUCAGCUUUCUGCCCCGACGUGCGCUUUGUUUUCAAGGGUGAUGCCGAUGUGUUUGUACACGUGGGGAACCUGCUGGAGUUCCUGGCCACGCGGGAUCCUCAGCAGGACCUGCUGGCGGGGGACGUGAUUGUGCAGGCACGACCCAUCCGCGCGCGGGCCAGCAAGUACUACAUCCCCGAGGCUGUGUACGGCCUGGCCGCUUAUCCGGCCUACGCAGGUGGUGGUGGCUUUGUGCUUUCCGGGGCCACUUUGCGUCGUCUGGCUGGCGCCUGUGCGCAGGUCGAGCUGUUCCCCAUUGAUGAUGUCUUCCUGGGCAUGUGUCUGCAGCGCCUCCGGCUCACCCCAGAGCCUCACCCGGCUUUCCGCACCUUCGGCAUCCCCCCACCGUCGGCGGCGCCCCAUCUCCGCACCUUCGAUCCCUGCUUUUACCGGGAGCUGGUUGUGGUGCACGGGCUCUCGGCUGCUGACAUCUGGCUCAUGUGGCACCUGCUGCAGGGGCCGCCUGGGCCCGCCUGUGCGCAUCCACAGCCUGCUGCUUCGGGCCCAUUCCAAUGGGGAGACACUUAACUACAGGUCACGGCAUCAGGCCCUCUCAGACCCAGAAUGGCGUGGGGAGGGAUUCCCUGUGAGGAUGAUUUUUGUGCUUCCUUCAUAGGUGGCCGUCUGUCUCUGUGGGCCCCACAGAAUGGACUUCAGAUUAGGCUAAGGCAUAGGUCUAGAAGUGGUUUGAUGUUGACUUGCUGAUGUCACCAGGGCAGAGGUGGUGGCAGUCCAUCUUGUGCCUACAGGUCCCACAGCCGUGGAGUUUCUGGCAGGAAUGGCAGGGGCUUCUGGAGUCCUGUGCAGUCUUUGGCUUGGCCCACAGGUCUCCUUCCCCCGAGACUAGUCCCCAUAGGACAGUGAGGUGACCCAGCAGGUGUCCUGCCCCUCCGUAUGGAUGUCCCCAGCCCCAACUAGGUCUUUCAGGCCUGCGCUCCUAGGGCUAAG